GGGGGCAGCCUCACGCUGCACGAUAGUUUGCCAUUUCUCGCGACACUUCUCCGCCCUCUGUGGUUCUUGUUCCUUGACGCGGUGGUGACAUUGGCUUCAUUUUCCGGACCGUUGUUCUGGCUGUCGUGUUGCCGAACCGAGCGGAUCAUUAAUGAUAUCGAAAGGGAGAGUCCACGGUAAAAGUUCCAGGAUGUCGCUGGAGGUGCUGGCGGCGAGUGGCCUGAAGCAGUGCCAACAGGCCCAGGAUCAGCUGGAGGAUGCCAUCGGUGCCGUGAUGAAGGCGGAGCAGCAGCUGAGGGAGAAUGCCAGAGAGGUGCGCUCGGAGUUGCAGAGCUGCGUGAGCCGCCAGCAGGAGGCGCUGCGCUGUAGGGAGGUGUGGCUGCUGGGUCAGAUUGAGCUGCUCGAACAAGUGAAGACGGAAACUCUGCAACAGCAGCUGCACCAGCUGCACCGGCUCCGAGGUCAGUUUGACGUGAUCGCCUACCAGCUGCAGAGCUCCAGCAGCAACGACCUGAACAACCAGCUGACCAGCUGCAUGGAGAAGUUGUCCUCUCUGAGUCUCACUCCAGAGGAAACACCUGAGUUGAGUUUCCAUGCCGACUCUCGCUCUCUGAAGCAGGCCAUCACCUCAUUUGGCAGCAUCAACGCCCAGCUUGUGGAGGGUAUAUCCUCUCAGAGCUCCACCCACCUGAGACCUCAGGUGCAGAGUUGUCCGAUCACAGCGAAGAAGCAGCAGAUGGCUGAGCCCUCCUCUCUGAGCGAUUGGCUGCUAGAAUCUCAACCCGCCAACAGCUUCGCUCCCAUUGGCUAUCAGUCUAGCACAGACCCGCAGGAUUGGCUGCUGUCACAGAAGGAGAGUAAGACUUCCUGUCCCGUGAUGGCUUCCGUGAACUUCAUGAAAGCCUGGGGUCAGCUCAGGGACUUGGAGGCGUGGCUUAUUCAAGACCCCUCCCCCAACCGGGAGAGAAGCGUCAGCAGCUGUAGCUCCUCCUUCUCCAUCGAGAAGAUCGACGAAAUGGAGCUGUCUGAGGAGGAGAAGGCGAGCCGGGAGGAGAACGGUUCCUCCUCGUCUCUCUUCCAGAGCCCCCUGGAGACGGACCUGUGGCUAUUUCCACGGAAGAGCCCAGCGCCCGAUUCCGCAGUGCCGCCCCAGGAGGAGGAGGAAGAGGACAAGUGGCUGCUGAGGAAGAGGAGUCAAGCUCAGGAACGCCUCGCUGUGGCGCUGCCCACCAUGUGUGACCUGUUCUCUUGCAUGAAGGUGGGCGGAGACAAAGAGAAGUGGCUGCACAGAUCUCCCAUACAGAUGUGAUGAUGAUGACGACGAUGAUGCUUCUUCUUCUCUUCUGGAGUCACUUUAUCGCUGAUCAGCGCACACAAUCUCAUCUGUCUAACCGUCGUCGCUGACGCCUUUUUCUCCUUUCUGUGACAUCAUCAUGCAGUGCCGCUACCCACCAUUGAUCGCCAGUCAGCAACAGCCUAAAGCCCCUUUCAGAUGUAGCUGGCCCCGCCCUUUGAUUAACGUGGCAGGAAGCAGGAUGUAGGACUCUGAAAGGGGCCUCAGCAGUUUCAUCAGGUGAAAGUUCAUAUGGCUACAGAGGGUGUGGUGAGACGUUUCAGCUUCUAAUCAAUAACCGAUCAGUCACCAAUCAAUAAUCAGCAUUUAGAGCUGCGAGUGUUUCGCUUAUUGUGGAAGAGAUGAGGGGGCGGGACUAUAUGGAAGAGUGCGUGGGGUGUAUUUUAAACAUAAAUUAGACUUUAUUUUAUAAUACGACUGAUGUCACUUCCUUUAACCACAUUUUUGUUUUUCUAAAACCUGCUGACAUCACAGAGACUCACUUCCUGUCUGGCCUGCAGGCUUCCAUCCUGUAACGUGGUUUGUUGGCAUAAGAGGGACUCGGUUUCCCAGAGUGCUUUGUUGGAAGAAGCUGUGCAGGCUGGUCACGUGACUCUGGUCAGCGAUUGGUGCUUUCCAUUGCAGCUCUCGUGUGAGGGGGCGGGCGUUAUCACAUAUAGCUGUGGUGUCAUCACUUUUUUUCCUGCUGUGAUUCUCUACAGUAAUAAAGUUUUCUGACAUCA